AUGGCGGACGAACCCGCUUCAGCAAUUUUGGGCAGGAUGCAUUCCCAGGCAGACCCCAGUGACUUGCGGUACCAACUUAUGCCUAACAUAGAGGCAGUUUUUGAACGCUUUUGGAAGAACCUGUUGGAACUUAUUAAGCCAUCGCAGUCAGUAAAUCUACCAGGGAAUGGUGAGUGGCAGCAUCGCAGGGAGAAGCAAAUUCCUCACAGGAAAAUCACCACCAAAAGUUGCAAUUACACCUCGCACAUGUGGCAAUCAUGA